CAAGUAUCGAUAAAUAAAUUACCAAUGGCGAUGACGCGUGUAAAAGACGUUUCCCGUACAUCAGCGUACUGCGAAAUGGACCCGAUCUCCUUCGAGCAAAACGUCCACCUGUUACCACUGUCACAAAGCGACAAGUGGUUGAUCUCCGCUCGCAUACUCGACAUGGUCACGUUGACCACCACGGACACGGGUCUUGCGUUUUUCAAAUUUCGUAAGAGAGCUCUUUCCUUCGACGAAUACAUGGCAUACUUAAAGGAGUUGGCGGAAUCGAAGAGCUUGGACUUGGAGGAGAUGCAGUUCAAGAUGCAGAUAUGCGGGAAGCCGAAAAAAGCUACUUAACCGUAAACGCUAUGUA